GGGCGUGGCUAGGCUGCCGUUGUGGAGAGUUUUUUUUCAAUUUGAGCGGCGGGGGAGAGAAGUUUGCGGUCCGGAGGAAUUCUGCCACCACGGAUUUCUUGUGGGACAAGCACACUGGGCUGGCUGCGAAGACGAUGCCUCGUUUGAGGCGGUACCGCUCGUCAGACCGGGAGAGCCGGGAGAGUUACCACGAUCGUUACCGGCGAAGCAGGCGAGGAAGGCGGAGAUCCCGGUCGAGGAGCAGUGAAAGAGACAGGCGGCACAGGAAUGAGAGUUACAUCAGGUCCAGAAGCAUUGAGAACUGCUCGUGCGACAGGCGACUGUACAACGAGAGGAGGUACUGCGACGCCUACCGGGGCAACUACAGCCGGGACCAAGGGGACGGCUACCAUGAGCCGGAGUACUGCUCGCGCAACUCGUACGACUACCGGCGCUCGCAGGACCGCGGCAGGAGCUACAGGAGUCGGAAGAGCAGCAGACGUAAGCACAAACGGCGGCGCCAUCGAAGCAGGUCAUAUAGCCGCUCUUCCUCGCGGAGCCAUCAGAGCAGCAGGAGGGCCAAGAGUGUGGAAGAUGACAGCGAGGGCCACCUGAUCUAUCGAACCGGCGACUGGCUACAAGAACGAUAUGAAAUUGUUAGCACUUUAGGUGAAGGAACCUUUGGCAAAGUCAUACAGUGCGUUGACCAUCGAAGGGGUGGCUCUCGGGUGGCUCUUAAAAUAAUUAAGAAUGUGGAGAAGUACAGAGAGGCUGCCCGUCUGGAAAUCAACGUGCUGGAGAAAAUCAACGAGAAGGAUCCUGAAAACAAAUUUCAAUGCGUGCAGAUGUUUGACUGGUUCGAUUACCAUGGCCACAUCUGUAUAUCCUUCGAGUUGCUGGGCCAGAGUACCUUUGACUUCCUGAAGGAUAACAACUACUCGCCAUACCCCAUCCAUCAAGUGCGGCACAUGGCCUUCCAGACCUGCCAUGCAGUAAACUUUUUACAUGACAACAAGCUCACUCACACUGACCUAAAACCAGAGAACAUUCUUUUUGUAAAUUCUGACUACGAGGUUGUGGGUAACGUGGAAAAGAAGCGUGAAGAGCGAGUGGUUAAAAAUACAGCUACCCGGGUGGUGGACUUCGGCAGUGCCACCUUUGACCAUGAGCACCACAGCACUAUAGUCUCCACAAGGCACUAUCGGGCACCAGAAGUCAUACUAGAGCUUGGUUGGUCCCAGCCAUGUGACGUGUGGAGCAUAGGCUGCAUCAUUUUUGAAUAUUACCUUGGCUUUACGCUGUUCCAGACGCUGUUUGCUUCUCCCUUUCAGACCCACGACAAUCGCGAGCAUUUGGCCAUGAUGGAGCGGAUCCUUGGUCCCAUUCCAGCACGGAUGAUCAGGAAGACCAGGAAACAGAAGUACUUCUACCACGGCCGCUUGGACUGGGAUGACAACAGUUCUGCUGGGAGAUAUGUAAGGGAGAACUGCAAGCCGUUAAAACGAUACAUGAUCGCAGAGACCGAGGAGCACUGCCAGCUGUUCAACCUGAUCGAGAGGAUGUUGGAGUACGAGCCCUCCAAGCGGGUCACCCUCGCCGACGCCCUCCGGCACCCCUUCUUCGACUCGCUCAAAACUGAGCCCAAAAGCACAAAACCAUGGGACUCCAACAGAGACAUCAGCAGAUGACACAGAUCCGGGGCGGGAGGGAGGGGCAAGAGAGAAGAAUCUUUAUUUUGUUUAGCCUAACUUAUUCCUUCUGACUGCUGCCCUACGGAGUCACCCCCCCCUCCCCCCCCCCCACGGCUGCUCUCCGGAGUUCUGGACCCUCGCUGGCUGCUGAUGGUGUUUGGGGGGGAAAUCCCCGUGUGGAACUCCAGGGGUGAAAGCUGACCAAAAUAAUAAACUUUUUGUUGAGGGGCACCAAACAUCGGGCUGUGUCGGCUGCCUCUGAACUGGGAUGGGCUGCCCACGGAUAAGCAGCGAGAUCAAAGGUGCCUGUCGUCUCCGCACUUUGCACCCAGCCUGUGCGGGGCAGCUGCAGGACACACCCCCUGCCUCUCCCCCAGCGUGACUGAGGAGGAGGGGGAAUGGAUGGAUAUUUUGCCCCCCUCUCACUCCCACCCCUUGUGGUUGAACAUCCAACUGCCAACGAGCAAUUGCCUCUCCCGGCGCCUUCCCUCCUGCUCAGCCACUUACCACACAAAUCCAGCUGCAAGUAGUGUUAAACGGGAGUACUUAAACUGGCCUGUCUUGGACUUCAUCACGACCACAUCCUCUGGAUUGCAAAUCCUAAUCUUCAUCCUUCACGUUUACACAGACUCAGCAGGCAUGCUCUGUAGAUUAUCGGAUGGGGAGAACAUCAUUCUGGAAGGGUUAGGCGCUUUUUUUUGUGAUGGUUUAAAAUAGUUUAUUGGAUAUGUGUUUUUUAUAUAUAUAUAUAAUAAAAAUAAAACCUUUG